CCAUCAAUCAGAUUCAACAAGAUAGACGGACAGCCACUUAGUCACAUAGAUCUACAUCCUCAAGUCCGUGUACAAUAGACACCUGACCAAGAUCGACUAUGGACCUUUCGAAAGCGGUCGAUCGUGCCUUCACCCAAUCCCUCCCUAAGAUCGAGCUCCAUGCCCACCUCAGCGGCAGUAUCAGCCGCCAAUGUCUCCAUGAGAUCUGGCUCAAGAAGAAGGCCCAGGACCCUGACAUCAACAUAGAAGAUCCAUGGAUAACCAUGCCGCCUGGGAAGGUUGAUUAUUCCCUGCAAACAUUUUUCCAGUCCUUCAACAAAUCAAUCUACAAUCUGGUCAAUGAUCUUGCCAGCCUCACCUACGCCACCCAUUCCGUGCUAACCGACUUCCAAAACGACGGCGUAACUUACCUUGAACUCCGCACCAUUCCCCGUGCAUCCCCCUCCUCCUCCUUCACCCGGGAGGAAUACCUUACUACCGUCCUUGAAGCAAUAUCGGAUUUUCAGGCCAACCAAUCCCCCACUUCCCCAAAGAUGUCUGUAUAUCUGAUUCUAGCUUUGGACAGGGGCCAUCACACUACUGCUGAGGCCCUGGAAAUUGUAGACUUGGCACUAGCCCACCGCGCCCGCGGCAUCGUGGGCAUCGAUGUCUGCGGGAACCCAACCAAGGGUGAUGUUUCAGUGCUGCGGGAGGCGUUUGCGAAAGCCAAAGCUAACGGACUAGGCGUGACUGUGCAUUUCGCCGAAAUGAGGGAGGCGGCAACUCCUGGAGAAUUGGAGACACUCUUGGACUUUCAGCCGGACCGGCUGGGCCAUGUGAUUCAUGUGCCUGAAGAGCUGAAACGGGAGAUUGCAAGGAGGCAGUUGGGACUUGAAUUGUGUAUGUCGUGUAAUGUGCACGCAAAAAUGUUUGAUGGUGGCUUUUUGGAUCAUCAUUUCGGGUAUUGGAGACAUCAGAAUUGCCCGAUUGUGCUUUGCACCGACGAUGUAGGGUUUUUCUGCAGUCCCGUAUCGAAUGAGUAUUUGUUAGCUGCAGAGCACUUUCAGCUCACGCGGACCGAUGUGCUGGGCAUCUGCAGAAAAUCCUACGAUGCGAUCUUCGGAGGCGAAAAGGAGAAAGACCGUCUUCAACGCCUACUAUCUGACUUCGAGGCACAUUACAGCACAUAGCCGCUGAUCGGAAUUAUUAUUCUUCAUUCAUGUACACAAAGCUUCCUUGGAAAAGGGAGUAUACCAGCAAGAAACAAUAUACAGAUAUAAGCAAGUCCACCCUCAUCAUCAGCUCUGCCAUCUGAACUUGCCUUCCUUUAGCGUCUUGACCACUCCCAGGGGCAUAGACUCCCUAUUCACAGCUGCUAAAU